ACUUAUCAGCACAAUUCUUCACAAUACCAAGUGAACAGCCACCACGAUCAUGCUGCUUAGUUCCAGAAAACGUAACAAGCCAUUACUUUAUUUUGUGGGGAUAGUUUCACUCUUAUAUAUAGUCUUUGAAGUUUUUGUUGGUUCUUGGAAAACAAUGCCAAAAGUCAACAACGAUAAUAAAUCAUUGAAACGUAUGUCUUACCUCAGUUAUAAUCAAACUUUUAGAAUUCUUUACUAUAAUCCACCAUCGUGGUUCAAGACAUUUAAUUUCAGCAAUUGUGAGCAUUCGAACUGUGUGAUAUCCACUGACAGAACAGUUCUCCGUGACAGCGAUGGGGUUAUCUUCAAUCACGCUAAUCUUCCAUCAGACCCACCUAAUAAGAACCCCAAACAGAAGUGGAUAUUUUCUUGUUCUGAAAGUCCCUAUUACGGCAUGAAAACAUGUACUACUCCACAAUGGCGUAACAAAUUCGACUGGACCAUGUCCUACAGACACGACUCGGACUUCUACUUCGGUUACGGAGACAUUGUCGUGAGGAAAGGGGUGAUUCAGAAAGAUUACGAAGAAAUUUAUAAACGGAAAAAGAAACUUGUAGCUUGGAUAGCCAGUCAUUGUGAUACACAGAGCAGGCGUGAACGAUACGUAGAAGAGAUGUCACAAAUCGUCAAAGUGGAUGUUUUUGGAGACUGCGGAAGCCUUAGCUGUGAAAAAUACCACGGAAAUGACAAUGACUCCUGCCAUGAUUAUGUCACAAGAGAUUACAAAUUCUACUUAGCGUUUGAGAACUCGCUCUGCAGAGACUACACAACAGAAAAGUUUUACUUCUUGUAUGAAUAUGAUAAACCUAUCAUUCCCGUAACUCUGGGCUCCUUUACAAUUGCAAACUACUCACAUGGAGCGGUAUAUAUUGAUGCGAAUAAUUUCAGGACUCCUUUUCGUCUCAUGAGGCGUCUAUUGGCUCUUGGAAAUAACAAGGAUGCUUAUAUAGAUCUUCUGAGAAAAAAGGACAAAUUCCGUUCUUUGACGUCACAGCAGACGUUUGAAAUCGCUAUGUGUAAGAUAUGCAAGUAUCUGAGUCUACAAAAGCCGGGGCGGCCAAAUUGGAACAUUGCAGAUUGGUUCUUUGGCGAGGAACAUUGUCAUUCUCCUGAUAAGACCGUCAUCCCUUUGAAAAAAGAAAAAAUUAACCUUGACGAGGCUCGAAAGUACUUAAAUAAGGUUUGACGAAUAAACACAAAAAAAAUAACUUCUUAGGAAAAAUGAAUAACACAAAUGGUUAUUUGUUCGGAGGGGUUACAUUUAAUGUAGGUAUAAUGAAUAGAUGCGUGAACUUGUAUCUUAGUGUUGCAGUGGUUUGUAUCGUUAUCGGUGUAGUGAAAGAACACGCAGAAAUCACUGUACGGUAGAAUAGAAACUAAUUUCAGUGAGAUUCGUCGAGGCUGGAUAUUUGGACUGACGCCUCUUCCGAAUCUCAGACCAGUGUCACACAAAGUGAUUCGGGAAAUGUUGCCUGAACUUCGUCCGCUUGUUGUGAUUAAAAUGACUUAAACUGAAUUUCUUGUCCGCAUUAACUUUUCGCCUUAGACAUCCUAUUAACUCCUUAUCACAAUGAAACAUCUUACCCUUACAUGGUGUAAAUCCCACAGAAAAUUAAGUUGGCUAUUUUUGAAGCCGUUGCAAAUGGCCACCAUUUCAUAUUUACCUUCUCAACACUGAAGAGUCCCGAUAGUUUAGGACUCCUUCUAAUAGAUUGUUUAAAAAUUACAGUUUUCUUUUUAUUACGUUUAAUGUUUAUGCUUAAAUGCUUUGUAUAAAGUAAUAUGAUUGCCAAUCAGUUAAGUUCUGUAUUUUCAAACUAUCAUGAAAUAUACUCUCGGAAUUCUCUGUUUACAGACUGUUCUAAUGAGGUGAAUGAUGUGUAUAUAACUGUGAAUGAGAAGUAUAAUAAUUGUAAUGAUGAGUUUAUGACUGUAAUGAAGAUUGCAUGGUUGUGAUGAUGUACAGAUUCAUGUAACUGUUCUGCGGUGUAAAUAACUGUUAUGAGGACUAUGAAUGUAACGAAAUUUCUAUCGCUGUAAUGAGGUGUAUUGGACUCAUGUAAUGCUGUGUCUAUAAGUGUUUUGAUGUACAUGUAGUAAUGUAUCUUUGCUCCUCACGAAAAUGUUAACAGCUGUGAAGGAGAAACUUCAAACUUACUGUGCGACUACAUAUGCCAGAAGUGGUGUUAAUCAAAUGUGGAUACUAAAAAAUUCUAAAGAACUUUUAGUAAACUUGAAAUCGCAGAAUUUUUCCCAAAUCAAUAACAUUAAAACCUAUGACUUUUCAACACUAUACACAACCUUUCCUCACGAUAAAUUAAAGACUAGACUUUUUGACAUCAUAGACAGUUACUUCUUCAACAAAAACGGAAAAAGGAAAUAUUCAUAUCUAGUGAUCAGUCAUUUAAAAACUUACUUUGUUAAACACCACUCUGAUUCCACGCACAAGUACUCUGAAGUUGAAAUAAAAAAUAUGCUAGAGUU